CACCACCCUUUCUUACUUUGUUGUUGUCCUUCGAUUUCUUUUUGCUCUCAAGCCCAUAAACUUUCUUUUUUUUUUUUUUUUUUAAAUUUCCUGGUCUCUGUUAUUUUCUGAGGAGGAGGAUGACGAUUCUCAUCGAGCAACCAGCUGAUUUUGGAACCGACGUGAAAACCAAGGAGGAAACCAACGAGUUGAUUUUGGAUGGUGGGUUUGUGGUGCCAAAAACUGACGGAUUCCUGGCCCCGGAGAUUAAUGCAUUUGGCCAUGCAUUUAGGGAUUAUGAUGCAGAGAGCGAAAGACAGAAAGGAGUUGAGGAGUUCUAUAGACUCCAACACAUUAACCAAACCUAUGACUUUGUGAAAAAGAUGAGGGAAGUUUAUGGAACAUUUGACAGAAUGGAGAUGAGCAUAUGGGAAUGCUGUGAACUGUUGAAUGAAGUUGUGGAUGACAGUGAUCCUGAUUUGGACGAACCUCAAAUUGAGCACUUGUUGCAAUCCGCUGAAGCAAUUAGGAAAGACUACCCUGAUGAAGAUUGGCUCCACUUGACUGCCCUAAUUCAUGAUCUUGGAAAAGUUCUUCUCCUACCAAAUUUUGGAGGUCUUCCUCAAUGGGCAGUUGUUGGCGACACAUUCCCUGUAGGAUGUGCAUUUGACGAAGCCAAUGUUCACCACAAGUACUUCAACGAAAACCCAGACCACAACAACCCAACCUACAACUCCAAAUAUGGAAUUUACUCAGAGGGAUGUGGACUGGAAAAUGUUAUGAUGUCAUGGGGUCAUGAUGACUAUAUGUAUUUGGUUGCUAAGGCAAAUGGAACAACUCUCCCUUCAGCUGGAUUGUUCAUUAUCAGAUAUCACUCUUUUUACCCUUUACACAAGGCUGGAGCUUAUACUCACCUAAUGAAUGAGGAAGAUCAGGCUAAUCUCAAGUGGCUAAAGAUAUUCAACAAAUAUGAUCUUUACAGUAAGAGCAAAGUUCGUGUCGACGUUGAAAAAGUCAAGCCAUAUUACCUUUCCCUCAUUGAAAAAUAUUUUCCGGCCAAGCUGAAAUGGUAAAAUCUGGCUUGAUGUAAAUCUGGAUUUGGGUAUAAUUCACAGACUGAUUCUUCGCUUAACCCAGCUAUAAAUGGAGCAAGCUAGCUAUCUAUAUGAUUAUUAUAUAUUAUUUAUGUAAAAAAUAAAACUAUAUAUAUAUAUAUAUGCAUUGGGGAUUUUCCUAUGUUACUUCGAGUACAGCUACUCUUAUCAAUUCCUCUCUAAUAUUCAUUCAUUAUUUUCUUUUUCUAAACAUUUUAAUUUCCCCAUUGUAUCAGUCUAUUUUGGUAACUAAUAAACGUAAUAAAUGAACAUUGCUUCUAUAA